AUCACCUUGCUUUUGUAAUCAAAGUUCUUCUCUCACCUGAGAUCCAAUACACUUACCCCAAGUUGAAAAAGGGAGGGUGAAACAGAGAAAGAGCAAUGGAAGGAGGACACGAGGAUAGCAGUUGGGAAGGCUAUGUGGAUUGGAGGAAUCGACCUGCUUUGAGAGGCCGACAUGGUGGCAUGCUUGCUGCUUCCUUUGUCUUGGUUGCGGAAGUGCUGGAGAACCUGGCGUACUUGGCAAAUGCCAGCAACCUGGUGCUGUAUCUGUCGAAGUACAUGCACUUAUCUCCCUCCAAAUCGGCAAACAAUGUUACCAAUUUCAUGGGGACAGCUUUCCUUCUGGCUCUGCUUGGAGGCUUCUUAUCUGACGCUUUCUUCACUACUUAUCACAUCUACCUGAUAAGCGCACUCAUCGAAUUCCUGGGCUUGAUCAUUCUUACCAUGCAAGCUCGGACACCUUCCUUAAAGCCUCCGGAGUGCAAUCCAUCGUCCACCCCCUCCAUUCCAUGCCAAGAAGUUGGGGGUGGGAAAGCAGCUAUGCUGUUCAUAGGCCUUUAUCUUGUGGCACUUGGCGUUGGAGGGAUAAAAGGGUCUUUACCAACGCAUGGCGCUGAGCAGUUUGAUCAGAACACCCCGCAGGGAAGGAAGCAAAGAUCGACCUUCUUCAACUACUUUGUCUUCUGUCUUUCAUGUGGUGCCCUUAUUGCCGUUACGUUUGUUGUGUGGGUUGAGGAUAACAAGGGCUGGGAGUGGGGUUUCGCCAUCGCCACCAUUGCAAUAUUGUUGUCGAUCCCAAUCUUCCUCGCUGGCUCAACAUUUUACAGGAUCAAAGUACCGUUUGGCAGCCCAAUUACAACCAUUUGCAAGGUUUUGGUUGCUGCUAUGCUGAACAGUUGCAUGAGCAGCAGUCCAAGCAAUGCCAUUGCGAACCUGGCAACAAGCCCUUGUCAUCAAACUGAAGCCAGCGAGGAAGCAGAACAAAAUGCCAAACAAAGUGAGCAGCAGCCGGAUCAACUCCCAACAGAAAGCCUUAAAUUCCUAAACAGAGCAGUGGUGAACAAGCCAGCUCACCCAGCACUUGAAUGCUCAGUGCGGCAAGUAGAAGAAGUGAAGAUUGUGCUAAAAAUCCUUCCCAUAUUUGCUUGCACCAUUAUUCUCAACUGCUGCUUAGCUCAGCUUUCCACAUUUUCUGUCGAACAAGCUGCUACCAUGAACACCAAGCUUGGUUCAUUGAAAAUCCCACCAGCUUCCCUGCCAGUUUUUCCCGUAGUCUUCAUCAUGAUCCUUGCCCCAGUUUACGAUCACUUCAUCAUCCCAUUUGCUCGGAGAGUGACCAAAACCGAGAUGGGGAUUACUCAUCUGCAACGAAUUGGAAUCGGUUUAUUUCUUUCCAUAAUAGCCAUGGCUGUGGCAGCUCUUGUCGAAAUCAAGCGAAAGAGAGUGGCAACUGACUCAGGCCUACUUGACUCAACCAACCCAUUACCCAUUACAUUUUUCUGGAUUGCUUUGCAGUACUUGUUCCUUGGGUCAGCAGAUCUUUUCACCUUGGCGGGGUUACUCGAAUUUUUCUUCACUGAGGCGCCUUCAAGCAUGAGAUCGUUGGCCACAUCUCUUUCCUGGGUAUCACUGGCAAUGGGGUAUUAUUUGAGCUCGGUGAUUGUAUCGAUGGUAAACAAUGUCACGGAUGACUCAGGCCACAAGCCAUGGCUCUCUGGUCAUACGAUCAACCACUACCAUCUGGAAAGAUUCUACUGGCUUAUGUGCUUGCUUAGCUCAUUGAAUUUCUUGCAUUACCUUUUCUGGGCCAUGCGCUACAAAUACAGAUCAGCAGGAGCUAGAAAGUAGAAACAACCCGGGGGUUAAUUCUGAAUCCUUAUGUUAAAAACAGACUCGGUUGCUGUGAUCGGCUUGAUCCAGUUAAAUGAACACAUUUCGGUAAAGAGAAAGAAUUCAGACAAAUGCACUGUCCCCAAAAGAAGGAAACUACUCAGCCUGACGCUAUCAAAAUCCAGACACAUUGCUUAUCUGAUACCGUCAGCAUGAUAAGCCUGUAAAUGGUCAAAACUGGGGGUUUCAAGGGUGGAUACUGUCAGCUUUCUCUGUUGAGCUAUGCUGCUCUUUGUUUAGUCUACUGUUCUUGUUUUCUUAUGUUUUGUUUAGCCUUUUAUUGUCUUUAGCUUCCCUUUGUAUCAGCCUUGGUUGUCAAUGAAGAAAAUUCAAUUAUCCCAAAA